GGUAAUCUAUGUUAAAUGGCGAAUAAUUCUCAGCCCCCCAGUAUGCAGCCUCUGCCACCUACAGCAGUUGGAUCCUUUGGUCCUCAAAGUUUUGGUUCAUCCUUAUCUAUGCAAUUUCGGCCGGUGAUGCCAGCCCAGCAAGGGCAACAAUUUGCACCGACAGCUUCACAACAAUUUGGAUCUGUCGGACAAGGUAUUUCUUCUUCAAAUGUUGGGAUGCCUCUUGUUCAAAGCCAGCACUUGCAGUAUUCUCAACCUAUGCAACAAUUGAAUCUUAGACCAAUUCAGCCUACUCAUCCUGCACCAUAUAUUCAGACAAGCAGGCCGCCGACAUCUGCUCUACUACAAUCGCAGCAAACUGUUUCCCAUUUAGGCAAUCAUAUGCCUGGGUUGGCUGUUUCUGGAGCACCUCCACAUUCUUCAUAUGCUUUCACGCCAUCUUAUGGCCAGCAACAAGAUAAUUCUAAUUCAGUGGCUCCAUACCAGGCUCCUCAUCAGGUGAAUGCGCCUACUGGAGGACAACCUUGGAUGUUCUCUGCAUCUCAGAGCACUACAACAGUACCACCAGUGCAGCAGACUGGAUUACAUUCAUCUGGUACUACAUCAGUGGAUACUGCAACAAAUGGCCCUAGCCAGAAUUCAUCAUCUGAUUGGCAAGAGCAUACUUCAGCUGACGGGAGAAGAUAUUACUACAACAAGAGGACAAGACAGUCUAGUUGGGAGAAACCUUUGGAACUUAUGUCGCCUAUUGAGAGGGCAGAUGCUUCAACUGUUUGGAAAGAGUUUACUUCUCCCGAGGGAAGAAAAUACUACUACAACAAGGUCACACAGCAGUCUACUUGGACCAUACCAGAAGAAUUAAAGUUGGCUCGUGAACAGGCCCAAAAAGCCAGUAACUCAGGAGUGAAGUCAGAAACAAAUAACACAUCCAAUGCUGCUGAUGGCUCCAUGGCCGCAACUGCAGCACCCACAACUACUAAUGCUGCUGGCUCCAAUACUUCUUUGACACCAUCCGGGAUUGUUACUAGCCCAGUUCCUGUCACUCCAGUGGGUGCUACAACUGAUCCUCCCCAUUUGGCUGCAAUCCCUCCUACAAUUUCUUCUAGUGCCAGUGGGGUUGAACCAAGUAUGGUGGCAGAUUUGAAUGCUGCACCUACAGCAGUUGCAAGAAGAUCAGGAAUAGCUGCGAGUCCGCAUGAUUCUAAUGCUUUGCCCACGUACCAACAUCCUCUUAAUGAAAACCAAGCAUUUCAGGAUGCAGUCACUUCCACAAAUGGGGCUUCUCUUCAGGAUAUGGAGGAAGCCAAAAAAGGAAUGGCUGUAGCUGGAAAAAUCAAUGUUAAUCCACCUGAAGAGAAAGCAAAUGAUGAAGAACCCUUGGUAUAUGCAAAUAAGUUGGAAGCAAAAAAUGCAUUCAAAGCUCUUCUAGAAUCUGCAAAUGUUCAAUCUGAUUGGACAUGGGAACAGACAAUGAGAGAGAUCAUCAAUGACAAACGAUAUAAUGCUCUAAAAACACUAGGUGAGCGUAAGCAAGCUUUUAAUGAGUACUUGGGCCAAAGGAAGAAGCUAGAGGCUGAAGAGAGGCGUAUGAGGCAGAAAAAGGCUCGAGAAGAAUUUUCAAAGAUGCUGGAAGAGUGCAAGGAGCUUACAUCAUCUACUAGAUGGAGUAAAGCUGCAACUAUGUUUGAGAACGAUGAAAGAUUCAAGGCUGUUGAACGACCUAGAGACCGGGAAGAUCUAUAUGAAAGCUACAUGGUGGAACUUGAGAGGAAGGAAAAGGAACAAGCUGCCGAGGAACAUAGGCGGAAUAUUGCAGAAUUCAGGAAAUUUCUAGAAUCCUGUGAUUUUGUGAAGGUGUAUAGUCAGUGGCGGAAGGUCCAAGAUCGGUUAGAGGAUGAUGAAAGAUGCUUGCGUCUUGAAAAGAUAGAUCGCUUGCUUGUUUUCCAAGAUUACAUUCGUGAUUUGGAAAAGGAAGAAGAGGAGCUGAAAAAAAUACAAAAGGAUCAACUCCGGCGGUCUGAAAGGAAAAACCGUGAUGCAUUUCGGAAGUUAUUGGAAGAACACGUUGCUUCUGGAACUCUUACUGCUAAAACACACUGGCGAGAAUAUUGCAUAAAGGUCAAGGAUUUGCCUCAAUAUCAAGCUGUUGCUUCAAACACAUCUGGUUCAACUCCAAAAGAUUUAUUUGAAGAUGUUGUUGAGGAUCUAGCACAAAAGUAUCAUGAAGAUAAGACACGGGUUAAAGAUGCAGUGAAGUCAGGCAAGAUUGCCGUAGAUACGACAACCGUAUUUGAGGACUUUAAGGCUGCUGUCUUGGAAGAGGUUGAUCCUCCAUCAAUGUCUGACAUUAAUCUGAAGCUUAUAUAUGAAGAGUUAUUGGAGAGAGCUAAGGAAAAGGAGGAGAAGGAAGCUAAGAAGCGUCAACGCCUUGCUGAUGAAUUUACUAAGCUGUUAUAUACAUUCAAGGAUAUUACUGCUUCUUCCAAAUGGGAGGAUUGCAAGCCACUCUUCGAGGAGGCGCAAGAGUACAGGUCAAUUGGUGAUGAGAGCUCCGGUAGAGAGAUUUUUGAGGAAUACAUUGCAUACUUGAAGGAAAAGGCCAAAGAGAAGGAACGCAAGCGUGAAGAGGAAAAGGCUAAGAAAGAGAAAGAAAGAGAAGAGAAAGAGAAACGGAAAGAGGAGAAGGAGAAGGAGAAGAAAGAUAAGGAAAGGGAACGUGAGAGCAAGGAACGACAUAAGAAGGACGAAACUGAUAGUGAGAAUCUAGACAUAAGUGACAGUCAUGGUUACAAGGAGGACAAGAAAAAAGAAAAGGAUAAAGAAAGGAAACAUCGAAAGAGGCACCAAAGUAGCGCAGAGGAUGCAGAUUCUGAAAAGGCUGAUAAGGAGGAGUCAAAGAAAUCACGAAGACAUGGCAGUGACCGUAAAAAGUCCAGGAAGCAUGCAAACUCACCUGAAUCAGAAAAUGAAACUCGGCAUAAAAGACACAAGAGGGAUCACCGGGAUGGUUACAGGAAGACCAGUGGGCACGUGGAACUUGAAGAUGGUGAGCUCGGUGAAGAUGGGGAGUCCGAUUAGUGCGUUGUUAAUCCUUUCUUCAUAGGUGAGAUUAAAGAAACUGAUCUGCAUCUCUGAGAAUGUUUAACUUCCAUAAUUAAUAUAUGCUUUUUUGAAGGAAAAAAAAUCUUUUCCGUGACACACUAAUUGUUGGAUCAUCCCUUGCAUCUUCAGCAAUAGAAAAGGAUAUUUUGAUCCUUGCCCAUGCUCUUUUCACUGUAACUGUGUUGAGAGUGCUAGACAAUUGUAAGCCAAUCAUCAAAGACUAUCAUAGAUUUCUUGCUCGUUCA